CUGGGGGUGAGCCCUUUCCCUGAUUGGGCCGGAUGGCAGCCAUGAGCCAAUCCACCUCGUUUUCGUACGCGGAGACGUUCACCCCUGUUCGAUCGCGCAAAAAACGCAAGGCAAAGGCAAACACACCCGAAUCUCCGUUGCUGCUAUUGGACCGCACUAAGCGGGAACUUGAAUCUGAUGCAGGAACGUGGACAAAGGAAUGCCAGGAACUUGUGCGGGCCGCACUGGCUGACGCUGAUAUCCGCGAACCUGACGUGCUAUGCCUGGGUCUGGGCAGUCCCACCGCGUCGCACAACAGCCGCGCCCAACUCGCGUUUCUGAUUCAGUUGUGUAACUUUCUCGACAUCCACACCAGUAAAGUCACCGCGUAUGAUCCUGCGUUCACGGAUGCCGACCGUGGUUUGCUUACCGAUCUUGAUGUGCGAUGUUUGACGGAGAACACGGAGAACAAGGCCGGAACGCACCCUAUUGGUUGUCCGACAAUCCUCUAUUUGCCACAUUGUGAUCUCUGGCUAUAUGAGCGUAUAGUCAGGGAGAACUGGUCGCCAGUACAACUGGGGCGCGUGGUGUUCAUAGCGAACCGGUUUAAAGACUACGUCGACAAUAUCCCAGCAGCAAAGAUGAACAAACAGUACCCCUGUUUGACUCGCUUCGUUCCUAUGCUAGAGGCUGUCGCGAUUCCUGCCAGCGUGGCGUACCCCACAGCGUUCAAUAGCCUCGCAAUACAGUUCGUCAACAAAUCAUCACUGCCGUCACCGGACGACGCAUUUUGGACACUCCCCGAUCAGGGCAGUGACUAGCUAUUUAGAGUGGUGGGUCGGCCGGUGGCGCCAUCGCGGAUAUGGGUUCCGAUAGUCUUCUCCUAGAGCCACGCGCUCCCGUUUGCGUAGCACACGACGUAAUGAGAGAAGGAAAUGACAUCAAUUCU